AUGGCAGACGAUCUUAACCUUAGAAUAUUGGUGGAUAAGCGAAAUUUUCACGUUCGUGAAAUUUCGGAUGUGUGUGAAAACAUCAUUCCUCAGCUACAAAUGGAUUAUGCCGUCCUUGUUGUCCAUGCACAUGAAUCUCGUCUCUCUAUCAACGAAGAAAACGCUGGUAUUGGCUACGCGAAGAUCUACAGAGCUUUGCUGCGAGCGACUGGAAACAAAGUAUUGAUCAUCAUUGGUGGCGAUAAUGAAUACAGGGAUCAAAGCGAAGAAGAACAGGUUGUUAUCUCACGCUGGGCACGAAGGAAAGUGGCGUCACAGUUUGAUGAAGAGUAUCUCGAUGGAAGAAAAAGCUUCAUUUUUUCUUGGAAUAAAGCGCAUAGAGAAAUCCACGAGGAGGCACUAAAGCACUACCUCGACCCUAGUAUGAAAGAACAGAAGUUCCAGUAUGUGCCAAAACCAAAACCAAAACUAGAACCAAAAGCAAAAACAAAAGCAAAACCAACACCAACACCAGACGAGGAAUUUGAAGAUGACAAGGGAAUUCGACGAAGAGGAGGAAGUGGGCCCUCAAAGGGAGAACCUGUCGAUCCCACACCAUGCUAUCUUGAAGGUACCGUUCUGCUAGAGACUGUCAUACGCUUUGGAAGAAUAUCGUAUGAAGAGGAGGACGUCAAUGUAUGGGAUCAGAGAUGGGAGCCUUCUGGAAUGACUGUUCGUGAGCUGUCGAACGAUUGGAUGUUUAAACCUCUUGCAAAUAUCAGAUUUGUUGCUACAGCUAACGGGGGGGUCACUCAUAUUGUGCGACCACAGAGUAUUGCGAUCUGGUUGAGUGCUGUAUUACGGGCGUGCAUUCUGGGUAUUUUGAGGUGGUUGUUUUCCGGGUUACAUUUGCCUUGCAAGCAGAUUUGUAUCCAACUUUACCAGUCUUUGUUUGUGUUGUUUCCCUUUUUGAAUAUUUGUGAGUUUUUUAAGUGGCUUAUUGAAGAGGUGAAAGCGAUAGUCGAGCAAUUAAAAAACACAAUUGCCCAAUACAUAACCUGGCUAAUGGAAGAGGUGAAAGCGAUAAGCGAGCGAUUAAAAAACGCAAUUACGCAAUCAUAACCUGGCUUAUGGGAGCGGUCAAAGCAGAGAAAGAGUCGAGCAAUUUAAAACAUAAUACCCAAUCAAUAAUCUGACUUUUGGAAAGUAUAAGAAAAUUAUGGACACAUUUCAUGUGCAUUAAUUCUUGUGUGAUCUUGUGAGAUCUAUAUCUUAAUAAAUGAUCAUACAUGGGUAGGGUUUGUAUACAGUUAUAGAAUUUUGCAUGAAAAAAAAAACAUGAUUCUUCUCUCAGGUUCAAUGAUCACUUUAUUUUACUCCAAUAGUUUUCAGACAACCCUGAUUUACCCAAAAAGUGAUUAUCUUGGAGACAUGAGCUCGAGCCUCAGUCUGUUUAUUGUGUUGUGUUCCUAAGUAAGACACUACUCUCCCAGUGCAUCAAAGCGCACAGUGGAGAAAUUGAUUUUCUGUGAAACUGUCAGGGACCGAAACUGUUCGUAACGCUGGAAGGUAAUCUGUAAUGCCCUGACCUUCUGCUCAUGGGGAUGCAAUAGUACUCCUUGCUAUUUCCAAGGCAAGGAAACCAACCGAAAUAAGCUCUGCCAGGAUAGGCUACUCGCCAUCCAAGUUGGCGAUACCUCUAACUUUUCGGUUUAUAAGAUAAGGUUAAUCUUGUAAGAAACCUUUCGCAGUGUUUCUACGCACCUUUUAUAUGUGAUUGCCGGAGUAGUCGAUGCAAUUUUGUUGAAUUAUCAACUUUUUUCCUGCCUGAAUAUGAAACAUGUAUGCUUAAUUCUCAAAAAUAGGUUUUGCGUUCGUUUAGUUAGAGUGGACAAGUCACAUAGUGGUAAUGAACAUUCAUGAUCAAUGCCAGCCGCCAUUAAUGUUGACUAUCUAGGUCGUGUCAGUGUAAGUAUUGCCUUUGUGAUGUUUUUCUGUGAUAAUAAAGUGUCAUUUGGAAUGAUAUAACUCGA